UAGUGAUUUGCAGAUAUACAUCCGUAAGAUUACAACGACCCGGCGAAACCUAUUCUGAGGAACGUCUCCAGCUGGAUUGGCGGAGAGAAGCAGCCGCCGAGAAAGAGAGAAAGAGCUCCGCCGUGCCCUAAUCCUCAUAUCGAAGCCAAUAAUUAUCGUAUCUUUGAUGGCGAACACCAUGGCGCGAUCUUUUCUCCAAGCUGUGGCCACAGAGGAGGUCUCCCAGCCACUUCGCGCUGUACAGAUGGAAGGAUUGGCUGUUCUUAAGAUAAUUAAACACUGCAAAGAAUUCUCGCCAGCUUUAGUUACAGGCCAACUUCUGGGUUUAGAUGUUGGUAGUGUCCUUGAAGUCACUAACUGUUUUCCUUUUCCGACUAGGGAAGAGGAUGAUGAAAAUGAGGCUGAUGGGGCGAACUAUCAGCUAGAAAUGAUGAGGUGCCUAAGAGAGGUCAAUGUUGACAACAAUACUGUGGGAUGGUAUCAAUCAACUUUGUUGGGAUCUUACCAGACUGUAGAGCUUAUUGAAACAUUUAUGAACUACCAGGAAAAUAUUCGUCGCUGUGUUUGCAUAAUAUACGAUCCAUCAAGGUCGAAUCAAGGUGCACUUGCUCUGAAAGCCUUGAAACUUACAGAAACAUUUAUGGAUCUAUACCGUAACAACAAUUUUACUGGGGAGAAGUUGAGGGAGAAGAAAUUGUCGUGGGUGGAUAUCUUUGAGGAGAUACCCAUUAAGGUUUCUAAUUCUGCACUUAUCAGUGCUUUCAUGACAGAACUGGAGCCUGAUUCUCCAGUUGUUCAGUGUGAUCUUGAUAGGCUGAAACUAUCAACAGCACCUUUUAUGGAAAGAAACUUGGAGUUUUUGAUUGAAUGCAUGGAUGAUCUUUCCGCUGAACAAAAUAAGUUCCAAUAUUAUUAUCGGAAUCUCUCGAGGCAACAGGCUCAGCAGCAAACCUGGCUCCAAAAACGAAGGACUGAGAAUAUUGCGAGGAAAGCUGCAGGAGAGGAGCCGCUGCCCGAGGAAGACCCUUCAAAUCCAAUAUUCAAGCCGAUACCCGAGCCUUCUCGUCUAGAUAGCUAUCUCAUAACAAAUCAAGUUGCUAACUACUGCAACCAAAUCAAUGGGGCUGCAGGGCAGAGCUUCAGCAAGUUAUAUUUAAUGAAAGCUUUUCAGGAGAACUGAAUCUGUAUCUGAACAAAAUACUUUGAUCAUCUGAUUUGUUUUAGUGUAAUUUCUGGUGCGCAGUCCAAAAUUUUAAACAUUCUUGGAACUCUGCAGUUUAAUUAGUAAAGCUU